AUGUCCACCUCGCGCGCCACGUCUGUGCACUCACGUGCCCCUGCUCUCUCGCCCCCCUCCCAAGAGGGCGUUAUUUCUUCACCUGCCCCUAUUGCAUCAUCACCCCCAGUGCAUAUCAGCUCACCAGCGCAGGACCCCGCUCAUACUACGCCCACUUCCUUAACCACGCUUCUGUUUGCUGGCCUCUUCCCUGGCGAGCCUGAUGAGGAGUGGAAGGGCGCUAUGGGCGUGCUGCUGGGUUUUGAGUCGCAGACCAGUGAGGUGGAGGGCAAAGACAUGGAUGUGAAGAAUGAGAAGUGGUGGGAGGAGUUCAUCGCAGUGCAUCUGGAAACCACAGUUCCUGUCUAUAACGACUACCUUGCGCUCUCGGAGUAUAUACCGGACGACCUCAAGGCGCGCAUCAGGUGCAAAGUCGUACACUGGGAUCAGUACAGCGAGGCGGUGCAGUCCACAUUCCAUUUCAGGAAAUUGCGCCGUGACUGCCCCGUUCUGCCUCCCGCCCCCAUCAUCAGCCUAGAUCCUCGUGUUCCUCUCCCCGACCUCCCGGUCCAGUAUGAGGUUAUUGCCAUUGAGGAGCAGGAUAAGGAGAGGGGCUACACCUAUUCGCAGCUUAGGCGCGAACAGGAGGAGGCCACCGUUGUGCAGGCAUCCUCCCUCCUUCCUCCGUCCUCGCCCGAUGCCUGGAACAUCUCGUCCUCACAGGCUGCUCUCCGAGCGCAGCCCACUCCUGCUCGCCCCACUCGCAGGCAGAACACACCGCCACCGGACGGCGCAGAGAUCAUCAUGCUCGAUUUCUCUGAUGAAGAUGACGAUGAGCCGCGCGGUCACCUGUCACAACACAUGGAGGAGGACUCCUCAUCAGACACGCCUCUUGCUGCAAAGUACCUGGACAAAGGCAAGGGCAAGGCGCCUGCUGUGCCAAAGCGUAGACUCUCUCCCUCCCCUGAGUCCCCUGUUGCUGCUCAGCCAGGUGACACAAAGCGCCCUCGUAUGCAGCCAACAGGCAUAGACGUUUUCGCAUUCGACAAGCUCGACCGCUCCAGCAAGGAGGACUAUAUCAAUUGCUUGAUACGCGUGUUGGAGCAGAACAGCGCAACCACCAAGCGCUCAUCCAGGGAGCAUUUGUACAACUGCGAGAUCAGCAACAGUCACCUGCGCUACCUUCACUCUCCCAUGUACAAGAACAUGAACGACCUGCGCCCUGCUGGCUAUGAGUAUCUCGAGGUUCCGCCUGGUAUCAACUUUGUGGAUUUAUACUAUAAGGCGCUCCAGCUUGGAGAUGGCAAGGCUCACAAGCGGCCCUCGCCUAUGACGUACUCUUGGCUUGCAGGCAUGGAUAGUGUCAAGCUUGGGCAGGAAAAUCUGGGCCCCUGCGUGCGCUGCGCUGGCUUGCAAGCUGCGAAUCCCACAGUCAACUUGCCUUGCAUAAAGGCAAACGGGGGACAUGUCCAGUGCAACAGGGACUAUGUCAAGGGCGGUGCCCUGUUCAUUACUGUGCUCAAUCCCGACCGCAUCAAGGAUAACGUCUUCGACCACCUGUUCAACCGCGGCGGCCGUGACAAUCAAGGUCGUGCUGUGUACCAAGCCGUGAACGUGAGGAUCAACGUCAAGGACAUCCAGAACGCGGUGCGUGCGGAGGCGCGUUUGCAGCAGGAGAUAGGGACUGCCCUUACUAUCAAGCAAGAGACGGAGGAAGGUGGUCCUUUGAGCUCUCCAUUGCGCUUUGCCAGUCCUCGCAAGCUCGCUGCAGCUCCUAGUGCUGUUCCAAAUGCUGCAGCAUCCUCCUCACACGCCUCUCCUUCUUCACGCCCUGCUCGCCCUGGCUUACUUGACCGUUUUGGUACGCACGAGCCAAACCCUUCCGGUCCCACGCGCAUCAAGGAGGAACCCAACACAUCUCCCCGCAAGCCUGGCGACUUAGCUCGCGCUGUGGAGAUUGCCUUUGAGGGCGCAGGAGAGCCGACUGUAAAGCCGCCCCGCCAGCCGGUGCAGCGUAAGGCUCAGCCUGCUGCUGUUGAAGACGCACCCCCAUCUGCAGGCCCCUCGAAGAAGAACAUUGUUGUGGAUAGGGGUGAGGGUUCUAGUCGCAGCAGCGGUGCUAAGAAGGGUGGCAAGGGCAAAGGCAAGCUCACGGAGCCAGCGCCAGCGUCCCUUGAUAAGGACCGCAUGUGGCGGAAAAAUGACCGCUUUGUCGUCCUACGUCUCGCUGGCUAUCAGGCGGAGCAGAGGGCGCACGACCGUGCUCUUGCUGCGCUCAAGAAGGCCAACGACAACAAUGUGGCCAUGCGUAACGACUUCAUUGACAUCCUGCGGCGUCUGCAUAGCGAGGCUGUGGACGACGUUGUUGCCGGUGUCAAGGAGCGCAUGAAGGGCUACAUGGGCGUGCAAAAGGAGGUUGCGCGUGAGACUGAGGGACUUGCUGCGAGCAGGGAUGACCUGCUAUCGGAGAUUACAGGCUUGCAGGAUCAUAUGCAGGUCACUGAGGAAGAGGCAGACUACCUUGCCCGCAAAUGGUUCAUAAACGAGCUCAAGGCGAGGGGGAAGCAGCAAGACAAGGACAAGGAGGAGUAA